UUUGCACACUGAAACGAUGUCCGUAGUGCGCAGGAGACGGCGCAAGUUCGCGAUCCGUGUAGCGUGUUUGUGAUUUUUUUUUUUUUUUCAUUUCUAAACCAAACAAGGACAACACUGUCCACCAGAGGAUACGUGCAUGAUGAGCGCGCGUUACCGAAGCCUAACGGAACUGUUACAUUCGACGCCAAAAGAGGGUGAAAUUGAACCUCCUGCUAAAAAUCACAAACAUCUAAAAAGAGAAAAUGAGAAAAGGUUCAGUGUGCGGAAACUGGUGCACCAAUUCGAAGCCAGUGCGAGUGAGCACUUCGAGCGCACCUUCAGCGCCCGCUUUUCGUCAAGGUGGAGAAAACCCAAACUGUCCAGUGAGGAUGCUGAAGCUGCUGCUGCUGUCCCAGCCGAAAAAAAGUGUUCAUCGAGCACGACGCUUUGGUACCUGGACAGCGAUAAGAUAAUGGAGGCCAGCGAUGAACAACGUACCCACGAGUGUCGAACAGAAUCACCGGAUAUGGGCGCUGGUGUGGACGAUUUAUUCGAUCGCAUUUCCUUUCCCGAUCCGGACGACAUCUGCGACAGCUAUAACGAGUUCAUCUAUCUACGGCUUUCGGAAAGGAACGCCAAAUACAUGAAUUCAUAUGAUUCGGAUUUUGAGACGGAUGAGGGUGAAGAUUUUACCGAGGCGAGCAACACAACUAUUGCCUUGAAGUAUCCGGGAGAUUAUAUCCACUACCUAAUAUACGGAUAUUAUCAGCCAACAAGUGCUCCACACGAGGAUGUUGCACUUCAGUACGAGGAGGACGAUGGAUUCAGUGAAUCCGAAGCGUCUGUUCUGUCCGAAAGUGACGAUAACUCAACUAUAUCCUGCAAAGACUACCGUUACUCUCACGGUGAGGAAAGCAGUAGUAUAGGAUCGAAGACUGACGUUUCAGUUAAGGCUAAAACUAUUUACCUUAUCGAGGAACUACUUGACACAGAACGCAACUACAUUAACACUCUUGAGAAGGGUAUCGCAACGUACAUCAAAAACCUAUUCAAUAAGUUGCCCAUCCCCAAAGAGUUAGUUAAUAUGAAGUACCACCUUUUCGGUAACAUCGAGUACAUCCAUCAGUUUCACAAAUGUGUUCUUUUGCCAAAAUUGUGCGCAUGUGGCGAGGAUGCUGGACAGAUUGGAGAUGUAUUCAGCAAAUACUUGGAAAAUGACUCAUUCUACGGCUAUGUACUUUACUCCUUGUACCAUCCAAAGUCACAGCGAUUGUGCGAACAGUUUGCUAGGUUUUUCGAAGAUCAUCAAAACAGUAGUGGCGAUAGACUGGGAGUGAAAAGUUUUAUCCUCCAACCAAUCCAGCGACUUCCACGCUAUAAAAUGCUGCUAGCUAGUAUCGCCAAAUCACUCCGAGCAGUUGAACCGUCGAUGGCCGAGGAUACUGCUAGCCCUUACCAGUUGGUAUGCAAAGCGGAAAGUUUAAUGGAGCAGUUUAUCAAUACGAUGAACGAAUCGAUGCAAGUCAAUGAUAUCGUGGAAUGUGAACGAACGGAUGAUGAGGAGAUCGAGAUGGGUUUCGGAGUGCCAAAACCCGCAACGGUGCUACGAGAGCAGAACAGUGAAAAUCAAAUACUUUUCCUCUAUCCAAAGGAUCACGACAAUCCGGAGCGGAAUAAACCAAUCAAUAUACUUCACCAAGGAAAAUUCAAGAAAGUUUUUCCAGUAUUCCUGCAUGAUCUUCGCCAGGCACGACAAUAUCCGGGGAAAUUGUUUCUCUUCGAACGAUGCAUUAUUUACACCGAGCAAACAAAGCACAAAAUACUCUCCUAUCGAGGACACUUCGAUCAGCAGGAAGUUUCGUAUGAUUUCAGUAACCAUCAGAUACUGAAAAUUACUUCGGAAAAGGACAAUCGACAUUCGAUGGAUGUGAAGGUUGACAUUAAGAAUCCCGAAGUGACAAAUCUUCCGGUAGUAGCAGAUUUGCUGCGAGCGAUCAUCCUUCAGCGCAGAAAAAAAGAAGGCUUCAUUAUCGAAAGCACUGAACUAUCAAUCGUGAGGAAUGCCAUUCUCAACCGUAACAGUAGUAACCGGAGCAGUCUCUCAAGCAUCACCAGCAGUUUCAGCUUCUACAAUACAUGUGGUCCAGACUGCGUUGCGGAGGAAAGCAGCUUGGAUUACUACCCGAAAAUACAGUUCACCGGUGAUGGACCCUCAAUCGACCAUAUUUUAAGCUUCCACCAGUAUUAUGAAAAAGCGCUCAAAGACAGCAUCGAUUUCUACAUUCACUCGCUGCCAAAUGACGUCCGUCAGCAGCUGGUCGUACUAAAUGAAAUCCUUUUGGAUAUGCUCAACAUUCAAAAGAACCUGAACUACCGUCUCUUCGAAGGGGAAAAAUACGAAACGUCCGGAUCCGACAUGGCCAUUUUCUGUGAUAUCUUCCAUGACAGCCUUGAGCAGUCAGAGUUCGAAAUCUUUCUACGUUAUGUCGAAAAAGCGAAAUCCGCUGAGGCAGUUCUAAUGAGUUUCGAACAGUACUUUACCGGCCGUCCACGAGAGGAGAACACAAUAUGUUUAUCAAUUGAUGCGUUCCUCCUUCUGCCGAUAGAGUAUAUAAACCGGUGUUAUGAAUUUUUUGACGCCGUUUGGCGGGAUGUACAUGGGAGCACUGAGCAAGUAAUCCUCAGAAAUACGGUUCUCGACUAUAAGAUUAACUACGUGCGUAGCCAGUUGCGGUUACUGCGACAAAGGGUUAAUGAAAAUUAUUACAUUCGGCAAUUGAUCAUGGAUACCGAUUUCUUGAAUGAAAUCCAACUGGUGCAAUACUCGGAAAUAGUUAAAUUGGAGGGUUCCUACGCCAACUAUCGCUUGUUCCUCACCAAAACGGGACUGCUUUGUCUUAAAAUUAAAGCCGAUGCGAAAGAUAAACCGGAAAACUACAGCAGCGUCACUUUUUACUGUCCGUACACGAAAUCGUCAGCAAGAAGUAGUCGUCGAAGUAAUACGCGAUGGCUGGUUUACCUAGACGGUCGAAAAACAACGUUGAUUUUCGACAACAAAUCUUCCCGCCACGUACUUAACGAACGCUACACGGUUCUGGCGGAACAAAUGCGAGCGUCAAUGCGUGUGAAAAAGCGAUCCUUUUUCAAAUCGUUCGAUUAAAAUAAAUCAUAUGUGAUAGGCAUUCCUCGUUCGCUGUAUUUCGAACUUGGAUAUUUUGAAGGGUACUACUUCAUUGAUAAGUUAGAAAUAGAAACAAACUUAAUCAAUAGUCAGCAGAGCUGUUGCUGAUGAAAAAUCAGAUACAAGAAGAUUGUUUACAAAUGAGUUUGUAAAUCAAAAAACCUUUUUCGGGAGAAAGAUUGCCAAAUCGAAAAGUGAUAUUUUUCUAAAUAGUUGGCACAAAUAAAUAUUGCAAGACAAGUAUAGACCUAAG